AUGUCGAUACUCGAGUACAAUGGAGGAGUAGUCCUUGCAAUGGCUGGCAAGAAAUGUGUGGCCAUAGCAUCCGAUAAACGUUUCGGUUCCAAUUAUUUGACAAUAUCGAUGAACUUUCCGAAAUUGUAUCAAGCCACAGAUAAGACGUUCAUCGGUUUUUCAGGGUUGGCUACUGACGUGCAAACAUUAAUUGAGAAAUUCCGAUUCCACAUCAACAUGUACAGAAUGAACGAAGAGCGUGACAUUGAACCUAAUACUUUGGCUCAUCUGGUUUCAUCUACUUUAUAUGAACGAAGAUUUGCUCCCUACUUUGUGGAGCCGAUAGUUGCUGGGCUGGACAAGAACAAUGAUCCAUUCAUUUGCGGGAUGGAUUUGAUAGGAUGCACAACCAUGAAUUACGAUUUCAGUGCAACAGGCACAGGAGAAGAUCAAUUGUACGGUAUAUGUGAGCCAUUGUGGCAACCCAAUCUGGAACCAGAAGAGCUGUUUGAGGCUAUUUCUCAAGCAAUAAUGUCUGCCACGAAUAGAGACUGUAUGUCUGGUUGGGGUGCUGUUGUCAAUAACACCCGAGAGAGUGAUCACGCGUACGCUGAAGACCCGCAUGGAUUGAUUGGCUUGUUGCUAGUUCGCCAAAUUAACGCCGUUAGAAUUGAAACGCUGCACUUGUAUGCAAAGCUUUUGACAGAUCAGUCGUUGGCAGAUGUCUCAAUUAGGAAUAUAAUGACAGUCGCGGUACGCCAUCGUGAAGUGUUUUAUGACGUUGUCAGCUCAUGUGGAAUG